AUGAAGGAUUGGGAGUCAGGGGCUUCGAUGGGUGGUUGCAACUUUGUGGAUGGCAUGACGGACGGGUUCACCGGAUCCUUUACACAGCCCAUCAAGGGGGCUAAGGAAGAGAAAGUAUUGAGCGCCGUGAGAGGUUUCGCUAAGGGAACUAUUGGACUAGCCACGAAAUUACCCUUCUGGUUGGUGGCAUACCCGUUCCAAGGCAUUGCUAGAACAGUCGAAGGACUCGCCAGAUCAAAGACUAGAAAGGCGAUAAUCAAUGCUCGUCUUCGCGAUGGGCUAUACAUUGCAGGGCAGAUUCAUUUGACUCCAGAGGAAGAGGCAGAAGUGUUGCGCAAGUUCCAGGCUCUUGCGCGGCCGAGGGAUGGACUGAGACACAUGCUGAGAGCUUCAACGUCCCUCAUGUCGCCAUGUCUCUAUGUACUAGAACUCGCUAUUCUGGAAAAUAUUGCAGACGACCUUCAUCACACGCUAAGAAGCGCCCUACCCCAAAACUACCGAAAGCCAUUGCAAGUGAUGGACUCGAAUGCGCCAGUCAUCCAUCAUGCAGCAGCCAUUGUGACAGAGUUCGGUCUGUGA